GGUUUCCGGCUUUCCAUAAACCAACAUAACCUUCCCUUCCCUUCUCAUUCAGAGCCACUCUCAUUGUUAAACUCCUUUUAAAGUCUUUUUUGCUGUGAAUUUAGUGUAGAGAGUAAAAUUUGCUGAAGAUGUCAAGCAUAAUACUUUUCGAGGACAUUUUUGUGGUUGAUAAGCUUGACCCAGAUGGUAAAAAGUUUGAUAAAGUUACUCGAAUUGAAGCACGGAGCCAAAACUGUGACAUGUUCAUGCACCUAGAUGUGAAUACAGAGAUAUACCCCAUGCAUGUUGGUGACAAAUUCACAAUGGCUUUAGCUCACACCUUGAAUUUGGAUGGAACUCCUGAAUCUGGCUAUUACACUCCGGGAAGGAAGUCUCUUGCUGAUAAGUACGAGUAUGUCAUGCAUGGGAAGCUAUACAAGAUAACAGAUGACGCUUCAGGCAAAGGACUUAAAGCGGAGCUCUAUGUUUCAUAUGGAGGGCUUCUAAUGCUACUCAGGGGAGAAGCUUCUCAUGUCUCCCAUUUUGAACUCGACCAGAGAAUAUUUCUUCUCAUGAGGAAGCUCUGAAACUUUAACUGCAUCUAAUACGCAUUAUCCAUUGAAUUAAUUCAGUGUAUAAAAAAAUAACUAGAUAAGUUUUCAAGUGGUCAGAAAUGAGCUCAACGGCUAAAAAAUUGGUUUUCAAAUUCUUUUUCAUAGUUUGAUUUGUAAUUACUUAGGUUACCCUAUUAUUUCAAAAAAGAAUAUUACACCAUUAAUCUUUUAGCAUAUUAAAAAUAUUUAAAUUAAGCUAAA